GUGUGGCAGUUAUGGGACUGAAAGUUGAGUCUUGUGCCAAAUAUACAUAUGGCCAACCUGUACCUGGUCAAGCCUUAGUGGAAGUGUGCCGUGAUCCAUUUCCAUACAGUCUGCUUCAUAAUUUGACCAGACAGUGCCUGACUCAAACCGCAAAGGUGAAUGCCACGGGCUGUGCCUCUCUUACUGUUGAUGCGUCAGUGUUUUUCAACACCAAAUUUGAAGACCAAACGCAAGACACAUUUCUUGUAAAUGUGAAUGUUACUGAGGAGGGAACAGAUGUAAUGGUGUCAAAAUCUGCAAUGGUGUCCUUUACAAACAAAGCUGUAUAUCUCUUGGAGGGGACUGGCCCAACAAACUGCUGUUGAAUCUAACCACAAACAAGAAUGGAUGGGCUGCGUUCUCCCUAAACACUGCUAAUCUUAAGGCUGAUCUGAAUCUGGUGGUACGACGUGUAUUUUGUAAAAAUUAAGACUUUCUCUAACAUGAUACUUAUUAAGUUUGAUCUUCCCCAGACGAGUG